AAUCGCUUGUAGAGACCAUCGCUGGACCCAGGCAGCUGUGUCGAUCUCCGCUCCAACUGGAGACAGGGUCCAAACCAUGGCGGAGAAGGCUCAAAAGAGUGUGAAGAUUGCUCCUGGAGCAGUUGUAUGUGUAGAAAGUGAAAUCCGGGGUGAUGUAACCAUAGGACCUAGGACAGUGAUCCACCCUAAAGCACGGAUUAUUGCGGAAGCCGGGCCAAUAGUGAUUGGGGAAGGUAACCUAAUAGAAGAACAGGCACUUAUCAUAAAUGCUCACCCUGAUAAUAUCACCCCUGAUGCUGAAGAUCCAGAACCAAAACCUAUGAUCAUUGGCACCAAUAAUGUGUUUGAAGUUGGCUGUUAUUCCCAAGCCAUGAAAAUGGGAGAUAAUAAUGUUAUUGAAUCAAAAGCAUAUGUGGGCAGAAACGUAAUCCUGACAAGUGGUUGCAUCAUUGGGGCUUGCUGUAACCUGAAUACAUUUGAGGUCAUCCCUGAGAAUACAGUGAUCUAUGGUGCAGACUGCCUUCGUAGGGUGCAGACUGAGCGACCACAGCCCCAGACACUACAGCUGGAUUUCCUGAUGAAAAUCUUGCCAAACUACCACCACCUAAAGAAGACUAUGAAAGGAAGCUCAACUCCAGUUAAGAACUAAGAACAAUAUACAACAUCAAGAUAACAGUUUGUCUUUGACCACUGUCUUUUGAGAGGGCCACAGUGUUUAUGUGCUCUUAGCAAUUCACAGAUUAAUACAUGUUGACUUUAUUUUAUAAAAUUGAGUCAGAGAGGAAAGUAAUGGAUUUUCAUUAUAACUGUCCUCUGUAAUUACAUAAAAUGCAUUAUUUUCCUAUAUCCUUACUCCUUUUCUGAGAAUUUGCAGGUUUGGUUUAUUUUUCUUUUGUCAUAUGUUGGCCAUGAUUUUAGUUGUGUAAAAGAUUCCCUGUGAUAAGAAAGGGCAUAUUACUAUGUAUUUAUAUUCUAGCAUAUGUUGUAUUCAAUAAAAAUGCUAGUGACGGGACUUUCAGUGAACAUACUUUGAUCAAGUUUUCUACUUGUGUUAACUUCGCUAAAAAAGCUCUUUUAAUUUUUACUGUGUACUAGCCAUAUUAAAGCUAAUGUGUUUAUCUUUUC